AGCUGGGGGGUAGAGAGGAGGAGCCAGGGGACUGAGCCACCUCCUUCUCUUUGAGCUCCCUAUUGUUACCUCGGACUGAGUGAGAGAUAGAACCUUCCAGCAAACAGUGGGUGUAACGCGAGAGCUGCUAAUUGAGAUUUCUAAUGCGGCUGACCCCUUCAGGGCACAGGCUCUGGUAAUAGUGUCUGAGCCAGUCAGUGUGCAGUGUGAGCAGGCUCUCAGUGCUGUGGGGUCUGCAGCUAGUCCCUGGACACACUUCUCUCUCUCUCUGGCAGUAACGUUCUCAGUACCGGCUUUGUGCGGGGCAGAUAGACUUUACAAACUUUUUCUUCGCUGAUCCGAGUGUGUAACUAGCUCGCUUCCCGCCUAGAGCAGUGUGUUGUGGAGUUAACUGGCUUGUUGCAGCCAGAGCAUGAAAGCCGAAGGCUGGAAGGGAGAUACCAGCAGGUAACAUUGACACUGCCUGUGCCUGAGGUUCACAAAGCUGCAGCAAGAUUCUCCUGGUAACAAUUACAUUUCACAGGGACUGCCAGGGGAGUGAACUUUCCUGGGAAGCAAGUAGUUGGCAUUAAGCAGAAGGAAACGGUCUUGGAGACAGGGACUGAGAACGAUUCCUGAAGCUAAGCUUGAGACCAAGUUGGUGAGCCUGUGCCCAUCUCCCUGUCCUCUCCUGGUGUAACGGUGGCACCAGCUUCCCACUGCUGCAAGCGACUGCUUUUGGAUGAGUUUUGACUCAGACUGACUGGAGUACAUCGCUUGAAGAAUCUCUCAGAGCGACUUUCUUGUCAGUGUGCGUUGUGGGGAAGGACAUUGGGAUUCCCUCAGUUCCCUGUCCCGUCUCUCUCUCUCUCUCUCACUCACACACACCUUGAUGGACUGAGACGUUGCAUGGACCAGCCUGAGGAAUUGCUUCGGCGGUUAUUAAACUUCGCUCGGAUGUACUGAAGAUUCCCAGAAAGCAGACAUCCAGCAGUUGAAGAACUAAUGCACAGGCCUCUGCCAAUAAGAGAAAAGAACAACUAAAACACACAAAGUUGGAGAGCCCUCCAUCCCCCAUCAUCGCCAAUGAGUGCACUGAGCAGCUGAGUGACAAAAGAUUGGAAAGUUUAAAAUUUAAGUUGUGCUCAAAAGAAGAGGAAUGAGCCACGUGUUGUAUAAACUGUGUCUCUACUUGUUCAUUCUCAUUGCAUUCACUGUGUUGAGGUCCAUUGAAUCAAAAUUGGAAGAGAAGACCACGCAACCAGUGUUAUUUACCAGUGAAACUGCCGAAGCUCAGGAUCAUCUCCUCCUGAACCUUGGUGAUGGACUCAAGUUAACAUGUGACACCAAUCGAUCUGUGAAUGUCAACUGGUACAAAGAAGACAAGCAACUUCUGUCAGAUGACAGGGUGCAUGUGGCCCGGAAGGUUCUGGAAAUUGUUGAGAUGACAUAUGAUGAUUCUGGCCUGUACCUUUGUGUGGUGCGUGGAACAGGCGAGGUUCUAAGGAAUUUCACAGUGACCAUAGCAGACUCAUUGUCCUCUGGUGAUGAUGAUGAAGAUGGCGGAUCUGAAGAUUCAACUCCAGAUACCAAUGACGGUCAUGCUUAUCCUCAGAAAGGAGCACCUUACUGGACACAUUUUGAGCGUAUGGAGAAGCAUUUACAUGUGGUUCCAGCUGCAAAUACUGUGAAAUUUCGCUGUCCAGCUGCCGGAAAUCCCAUUCCGACCAUACGCUGGCUGAAGAAUGGUCGGGAGUUCAGGGGAGAGCAGAGAAUCGGAGGCAUUAAGCUGCGGCAUCAGCGUUGGAGCCUGGUGAUGGAAAGUGUUGUACCAUCUGACCGUGGCAACUAUACCUGUGUGGUGGAGAACAAAUAUGGUAGCAUCAAUCACAGCUAUCAGCUGGAGGUUUUAGAGAGAUCUCCUCAUCGACCUAUCCUGCAGGUGGGUCUGCCAGCUAACAAAUCCGUGGUGGUGGGAAGCAAUGUAGAGUUCCACUGCAGAGUCUUCAGUGAUGCCCAGCCUCACAUCCAAUGGCUGAAACACGUGGAGGUGAAUGGCAGUAAAUAUGGACCAGAUGAAGUCCCCUAUGUCCAAGUUUUAAAGACUGCUGAUAUCAACAGCACUGAAAUUGAAGUCCUCUACCUGCAUAAUGUCACAUUUGAGGAUGCAGGAAAGUACACCUGCUUGGCAGGCAAUUCCAUUGGGAUCUCUUACCACUCAGCAUGGCUGACAGUUUUACCAGAAGAGGAACCCCUGAAAACAGCUGACUUCUCUGGAGCUAAAUACACGGAUAUCUUGAUUUAUGCUGCCACCUCCCUAGCCAUCAUCUUGUCAGUGGUCAUUGUUAUAUUAUGCAGGAUGCAGGCAAGAUCCACCAAGAGGGCUUUUGAUCCACUCCCUGUGCAGAAACUCUCCAAGUUCCCUUUCAAAAGACAGUUUUCUCGAGAAUCAAACUCCUCAAUGAAGUCAAACGCUUCCCUGGUGAGGGUUGCAAGACUGUCUUCCAGUGGCACACUCAUGUUGGCAGGUGUUGUGGAAUUUGAACUACCAAUGGAUCCAAAAUGGGAAUUCCAGAGAGAUAAACUAGUAUUGGGGAAACCCCUCGGAGAGGGUUGCUUUGGACAGGUGGUUAAAGCAGAAGCCUAUGGCAUUGAUAAGGACAAUCCAGAUAAAGCAGUUACAGUGGCAGUGAAGUCACUGAAAGAUGAUGCUACAGAAAAAGACCUGGCAGAUCUUAUCUCAGAAAUGGAGAUGAUGAAGAUGAUGGAUAAGCAUAAAAAUAUAAUUAACUUGUUGGGUGCCUGCACACAAGAUGGUUUGCUGUAUGUAAUAGUGGAAUAUGCAGCGAAAGGUAAUUUACGGGAAUACCUCAGGGCCAGGAGGCCACCUGGUAUGGAUUACAACUUUCACAUCACAAAGGUGCCUGAAGAACAGCUAACGUUUAAAGACCUGGUGUCUAGUGCCUACCAAGUGGCAAGGGGCAUGGAAUAUUUGGCAUCUAAAAAGUGUAUCCAUCGUGACUUGGCAGCAAGGAAUGUGUUGGUAACUGAAGACAAUGUAAUGAAAAUUGCAGAUUUUGGUCUGGCACGUGGAGUGAACCACAUUGAUUACUAUAAGAAAACCACCAAUGGUCGUUUACCAGUAAAGUGGAUGGCGCCAGAGGCCUUGUUCGACAGAGUGUACACACACCAGAGUGACGUGUGGUCAUUUGGGGUCUUGAUGUGGGAGAUCUUCACACUUGGUGGCUCACCCUAUCCGGGAAUCCCUGUUGAAGAGCUCUUCAAACUGCUCAAGGAGGGUCAUCGAAUGGACAAACCAUCCAACUGUACACAUGAGCUAUAUUUGCUGAUGAGGGAAUGCUGGCAUGCAGUAUCUUCUCAGAGACCAACAUUUAAACAGCUUGUGGCAGAACUUGACAAGGUCUUGUCUGCAAUAUCAGAUGAGUAUUUGGACCUCUCCACUCCUUUAGAGCAGUAUUCUCCUUUGUGUGAAGACAGCAACAGUACAUGCUCAUCCAAUGACUCUGUCUUUGCUCAUGACCCUAUGUCUGAUGACCCUUGCUUACUGAAUUACAAUGACCGUAGUACUCGAACCAGGACUUGAAAAAGAUGUCAUUCUGGAACUCUCGGCUCAAUACUGAUCAUUUCCCCUGUAAUUAACUCUGGUGGUACUUUUGGAGUAGUUCAAAACUGGAUGGAAAAUGAGUUUCUUUAAGCUUUGCUUCUUCCUGAAAGAUAUGAAAUUUUCUUUUGCAGAAGAACAUUCUCUCUCACGUAGCAUGUGUCAAACCAUUAAGAUUAAAAUUUAUUCAAAUUCUCACCAUUUGAAAUUGAUAAUUUUCACAACGAAAGCCAUAUAUGAAUUGAGGAGAGCUCUGAGUAUUCUGGUAUGGAGCAGCAGCAGAACUCUCCACAAGUGGAGCUCUGUGGGUAAUGCUUGAUGGUGAUAAUAAUUUUGAACUUUGCUUCAAGACAUUAUCAAAGGACUUGCUGCAUCACAACAUGAUGGCCUAUGGCAGUGAAGAAGCAUUAACCUUAGCUACACCAGAGAACUUACCUGGAAUAGAAAUACACCAAGAAGAAUCUGAAAACCAAGUCUUGUCCAUUGGCAAAGCAUCAAUAAAUGAAGAAAAUACAUUUGCCAUAGAAAUCUUGCCACAUACUUUAUUGUGAUUCAUUGCAAACUUCAAUGAUAGAAACAGAUCAAGUGAAAGCAUGUUAGCAUGAAAUUUCUGGACUAACAUUCCCAAUAAAAUAUCAACUGUACCUUCUUAAUAACAAUAUGAUUAGCUGUGCUGCCGAGUUCACUCAAUGCCAAUGAGAUGGUAUUAAAUCCAAGCUGGCUUUUUUCCUGGAACAGCCUGUUCUGAAGAUCCAGUGACUGAACUCACCACGAAAUGUCCUUGAAAAGAAUUGUGUCUAGUUCAAAUGUACUUUAUUAUUUUUUCAAACAUUUAAAAAAAAUAGAUUUGAAGCUCCAGAUACAAAUGAUAGCAAAAUGCAUAACCAUUUAUUCAAUUGCUUGUUUCUUUAAACACAAUGACGAGACAUGCAAGAGCUAGCACCAUAGCAACCCUCAUUUCUAAAGAAUUUAAUUACUUUUUCUGUGUGAAUAGAACAGCCUGGGAACAGCUGGUCCAGCUGUUUGUAACACCAUUUGUGCAGAUAAUCAUCAGUUUGCUGUUUUAAGCCCUGCAGUAAGCUGUAAAAUAGAAAAAUAUUUGAAUCUGAAAUUUUUCUUUAAGUAGUAUGUCCAAAUUUAUUGGCAGUCAUACUUCCUUUUCUGGUUCUUAGAUUCAAUAUUUUUGUGGCCUAGAAUUAUUUACAGUAACUACUGGAGACAUCUGUGGAAAAGAACAUUCGUAUUUUGUGUUUUUUUUUAUGAGUAAGACUCCUUUUUUUUGUUAUUUGAUCAAUUCCCUGGACUUUUAUCCCACACACAAACUGUUGCGUAGAAGCAAAAGAACGGCCAGCUUCCAGUCAGUGAAAGUAACUUUCACUCCAAUUUUAGUUUAUACCUGCACAGGAACUUUGCGUCACACACUGUGGCAGCUUUAUCGAGCAAUUUGGGGGAAGGGGCGGUGGGGAAGUGAGAAGGGAAAUCAAAGUAAUGAAUCCACAUCCCACUGCUUCAAGAUCUGGGAGACUGGGGUCAGUGCUCAAGUAUGCUUGAACUGUGAAGAUUUGCUUCCUCAUAAUUCUUAGAGCCUGUCAGAUGCAGGCAUGUAGAUAGCUGGCUUGUAUCAGGGAUAUUGUUUCUUCAGGGAAUAUUAAUAAUACUGGCAGUGACUGUUGUUAAGGUAAAAUCACAAGAAAAAUGCUUCUGUUAGGAUGCUGAGUUGCUGCUGUUUGUGAAUUACAGACAUUAUUUUAGUCAGUUAUUGAUGUGCCAAAAUUUGGUGGCUGAUGAAAAGUUAGCUGUGCUGCAGUAUUUGUAAAUAGUAUGCCUUCUGACCAGGUAAGAAAGAGAUUUUCACAUCAUGAAUGGAAAUAUGACCAAUAGAGUUAUCCUCAAGGUCUAAAUUAUCUUGCCCUUCUUUCAAAUCACAUCGCUUGUAAAUAAGAUUGAAUUGAAUGUAGCUGUACAGUGUGUCUUAUAUUGGCAUGUUUAUUGCCAAAUUGUUGCCUUUUUUUUAUAAAUUAUUUUUGCCUAAACUGGUACUAUAAUGAAGGUGCCUUUUAUCAGUAAUACAACUGAAUAGUUCUGGGAUGUACUGUUGGCAUGGCAGGGAUUUACAGGAAUGGUGCAUUUUAUUGUGCCCAAUGUUAAAAAUGGAUACAAGAGGCUGAAGAGGAAACCAAAAGCUUCUCCUCUCUGUCCAUUAUGUUGCUGGAGGUUCUUCCUGGAUGAUGGAAGUCUUCAGCAUCAACAACACUUUGUAAAAAUGAAUGCUGCUUCUUUCCUGCUCCAUUGCUUUUGUUUGUUCUCCCUAUUGAGUAAUCUAUGUGCCUCAGACCCUGCUGGGUUAGAAUAGUUCAGGUAAAAUGGCAAAAAAAUGCUGGGACUGUACUUAAAGCUAAGUCUGUGAUAAAACAAAAUCAGGAAGGUCAGACACCAGUCUAGUACAUGUUCUCCCUUGAGCAGGCAGGUCCGUAGACCUCACAGAGGAGGUAUGUUCCACCCUAACUACUGGGGCUGUUGGUCAGCUUAGCAUAGGAAGUAAUCAGGAUUUCAACUAAAAGAGGCAAUCAUUAUCUAGAGUCUUGUAUAUUACUUUCCAGUCACACCAUGACACUCAUUAACAUCUGCCAACAAAAACCCAUCACUAACACUGGUGACACAAAGAAGAAUAGUUGCAUUCAUUUCCCAUGAUUUGUUGAAAUUAAUUCAUUGAAAUCACAUUUUGACCACGCAUUUGUUUUUCAAUUUCUUUUCCUUGCUAAUUUUCUCCUCUCCUCUCAUCCACUAUCUUGAAAUUGGCUGAGCUAAUGAAAACAACAUGAGAAAUGCCACGUAGCCACUCAAACCUGUCUCAUUGUUCAAUAAGUUCAUGGCUAAUCUUUGAAAUCAGCUCCACUUUCCUAUCCUAUUCCCACAGGCAAACCAAUACAAACUGCAGAUUAAAGCUGAUCUCACCGAGUCAGUUUUUUAGUAUUUUGAAAAGGAGGUUCAUAAUUUUAAUGUCAGAAAUUGAGAUUUUAUUAUUUCUUCCCUAAGAACAGUUCAGGUUACAGGCAAAGGUGAGACAGGAGUGAUCCUUAAAAUAUUGAAUGAUAUUAGUUUACCAGCUGUGAAGUAUUUUAUACCUCCUCCAAUCUGAGUUUUUUUGUCCAGUUCAAAGUUUAAAUAGGAUGAAUAAGCAACUUCCAUGAAAAUUAUGUGGAAAGACUUUUCAAUGAGUUUUAUGUGGAAAUUCUGUUGACGUUAAUCUAGAAACUGAGGAGCCUUCAUGUUACACGAUCCAUCAGGUUUCCCCACACUUCAGGUCAGUACAGCACUUAUUUGAAGAUUGAGAAUUGUGUGCUACUGUGCCCUGCUCUUGUUGAGGCUGGUUUUAGCAAACGAUUUUGCCUUGGUCUUGCUGAUGCUGUGCUAAUCAAUUAUUGAGUCACUUUCCUAAGCAUCCAUGUUCCGGAAAUGCUAACAAUAUUUUGGAAAUUAUGACAAGGUAUAUUGGGAGGAAAGAAUCAGCAAUUCAAGAAAUAGUGUCAUUAAUAAGCCUAUAUUUUUGUACUACCUUGAAUGAAAUUGCAGGCUGUUAAUUAAAAUAACAAUCCAUAUAUUAGAUUAAUUUUAUCAUUAAUAUUGUUUAAAUAUUAAUCAACUAUAUUGUAUGUGAUUUGUACACAAGAAUACUUCUACAGUUUUUUUCUGAGAGUCUAUCCGUUUUUAAAAGCAAACAGCGGGGUUUCACUACUUGUCUGGAUGGUGGCCUAUCACAGAACUUGUGAAAAACCACUGUGAAAUUUUGAAUUCUGAUAUUAAACACAUUGUGAAUGUAUGUAAGACCUGAUGUAUGUGAUAUCUAUAUACAGCAACCAAUGUAUUUCCUGAGCAGAGCACAAUCCCAUCCAGGAGGCAACCACCUACUGGAGUUAUCACUGGAUCAUUAAUCCAGAGACCCAGGUCAUGUCCCAGGAACCUGGGUUCAAAUCCCACCAUGGCAGAGUGUGGAAUUUGAAUUUGAUAAAAAUCUGGAAUUAUGAGUCUAAUGAUGACCAUGCAUCUGUUGGAAAAAACAGCUUACUAAAGCCCUUCAGGAAAGGAAACUACCUUCCCCACCUAGCCUAGCUUGCAUGUGACUCCAGACCCACAGCAAUCUUAAAUGCCCUCUGGGCAAUUAGGGAUGGACAAUAACUGCUGACCAGGCCAGGGACAUCCACAUCCCGUGAAUGAAUACAAUCAUAUGUAUAAUCUAACAGGAGCAAUAUUUAACAUCCACCUCAUGGUCACACCCUCGAACAUAUGGCAUGUUCCCUUGUCAUACAUACAUGUCCUUAUCAAGUCACCAUAGUCCCAGAAAACCAUGGGGCUGCUCUCCCAAUAUUGGUGGUGAGUUUAACCAACUUAGCUAUUCAAACCCCUCUUACACAAUACUCAAGUGCACAAAUAACACAAUCUACUUGAAUAGCUGUGCAAGCAAACUAUGCACCACAUGUAUUACUCCCGAGUCACAGCAGUUGCUCACAAACAGUGUGGUGUUUGGUUUGAGUUCUGGGUUAUCUGUCACUUGAAUCUCCUGCUGUUAUUGUUAAGAUCAUUCCAUGAGACAGCCAGUUCACCAGCCGGAAUAUUGUGCUCCACCGGGGACAGAGUGAAGAAAGCUGAUCACACAGCUAAAGUUUGAUUAUUUUUAAAAAAAGAGAAUUUCUCCCAACAAACAUUUUAGUACAAAUUUGUGAGUUAAUUCAUUGUUUGAACCAUUGCAAAAAAUUAGUGAUUUUUCAAUCAACUUGUAAAAUUUAAACAUAUUUUGCAAAUCACGGAAUUACAUUUAAUUUAUUGAUUUUUAUGAAAGAAAUUAUAUAUUCUAGUUGAAAUAUUUGAAGGCCUCAUCUUCGCUGACACUGUAUUUGUUCGAAAGGCUGCUUCAUAGCAGCAACCUGUCACUCAAUAUAUUUUCGGAGUUACGUAGAUAAUUGAAACCAAUUAGAGCCAAUUAAACCAUUCCUGCCUUUUUCAACAUUGAUUUAAUCUGUGGAAACAAUUUCCUAGUCUAUCCUGUUAUAUGUAAAAGUCAUUGAACCAGACUGACCUUGUGAAUCCUGUCUGUGUACCCCGUGUAUUCAUUCAAAUUUAUAUUGGGAGAGCAGCCCCAUGGUUUUAGGGCCAAAUAAAGACAUUUUAAGAUAAAA